UCAUCACUUUGCGAACAAUCCUAUUAAUAGCCCGGUUUUCAACUUGUCGAUUCAUGCUUCUUUUAGCAAAAUUUGUGUGUAACAUUACAAAAAUUGCAGCUUUCUUCUUCUUCCUAUUUCUUCGAGCUGGUUCUCUGACUGUGUAUUUGGCAAAUACCACAACUGCGUAGUAAGGAGAAAGAAUGGGUGGUAUUGGAGUUCCAAUUUGUGUGCAGUGUGGCAAUGCUAGCAACCCUUGUAGGUGCAAGGUGGUUGGUCCAACACUUGGUUUCUUGGCUUUUGCUGCGGCAGCAAUUGUAGAAUGGCCCGUUGGUGCACUGGUUUAUGUGUUCCGUCACUCUAAGGGCCGUCGGAUCAUGGGCCAUCCAGCCACCGUGAUUUAUCCUUCAGUCACCAACUCUAUUCCUAUAUAACUUUUUUUUUUUUUUUUUUUUUUUAACUUUUAAUAAUAAUGUAAGGAAUGUUGCUUGCAAGUUCCAUCUUACUAUAAACGUAUGUCAGUUUUAAUUACUGGACCUAGUAAGUAAAGGAUGAUGUGGUUUUGUUUGUAGCACGAUAAUAAUGUAUGUGCAUUUGUAAUGCACUAAGAUGUAUAAGCAUUAUGGUGGUUUUGUGUAUUUGGAUUACGAAUA